CUAAAAGAAUUUUGCAAUCAUGUCAUCAAGGAAAAAGGUUUUGUGGAAAGUCAUCAUCCUUGGAGAUAGUGGUGUUGGCAAGACAUCUCUGAUGAACCAGUAUGUGAACAAGAAGUUUAGUAACCAGUACAAGGCCACCAUCGGCGCAGACUUCCUCACAAAAGAAGUCAUGGUGGACGACAGACUGGUAACCAUGCAGAUCUGGGAUACAGCUGGACAAGAGAGGUUCCAGAGCUUGGGCGUGGCGUUCUACCGAGGAGCUGACUGCUGCGUGCUGGUGUACGACGUGACGAUGCCCAACACCUUCAAGUCGCUGGACUCGUGGCGAGACGAGUUCCUCAUCCAGGCCAGCCCCAGGGACCCCGAGAACUUCCCCUUCGUGUUGCUCGGCAACAAGGUCGACUUGGACAACAGAGCAGUCUCGACUAAGCGGGCGUCAGGCUGGGCAUCGAGUAAGAACGACAUCCCGUACUUCGAGGUCAGUGCGAAGGAAGCCAUCAACGUGGAACAGGCAUUCCAGACCAUCGCCAAGAACGCUCUCGCCCAGGAGACAGAAGUGGAGCUCUACAACGAGUUCCCAGACCAAAUCAAGCUGACAAACGACGCAAAACAAAAGAAUGAUGGCUGUGCCUGUUAAGUUACCUCCGCAUCAUGAAGGGAAAAUACCUGAGCCUUUUUCCACCUGUGGAUGGCAUGUCCUUUGUCCUAUGACCUUUACCCUUUCACCCUCGCCCUUUGACAUGCAUGUCCACAGGAGAAACAGGGUCAGGUCAGUGAAUAGUUUGUAAUUACUUGGGGUUUGUCAGGUCCAAUGAGGGGAACUGGGCUUUUUUUUUUGAUACCGCACUGAAGCCACCACUUGCACACACCAGUUGUACAAAGACUUGCUGAGUAUAAAGUAAGACACUGCAAAAGUACAUACAACAAAUACAACUAUGGCAGAAUGCACUUAAACUGGCUUAAGUAAGGAAACUUUUAGAACAUUAAUGCUCAUUGUUGAAAAUUGCACCACCAAGAAGAUGUAUGUGUCAGUAAAGAAACCCACAGUUUCGGUCUGUAAGUCUUACCAAAGCUAACGGUGACUGCAGGGUUUUUGCACAAUGCACACAGCAAUUAUUAGCAUACAGUGAAGCUAGGAUAUACUAGUAUUGUGAGGCUGACCCUAUGGACUACAGCUCAACAUUUUCAAUAAAGUAGCCAGUUCUGCAAUUUUCUAAAGCCGAAUGUACAGUAACCAACAGAAUUCAACUUGUCAACCGAAGAUGGGAAAAGAAAGUAACACAUUUGUGACUCUUCUCUGGAAAAUCCAUUGGCUUACAAGGAAUGAGUGUUGAAAUGGUCCUUCUUAAUCCGCAAAGGGUAGAGAAAGACUUAAACUCUAAGGAAGUUUUGUCUUGAAAUCUCACUUCAAUUUCUGGAAAUAAGACAAUUAUGCUGAGCAAGGUUUUAAAUGAAUCCUGUUGGUAGAGUUCAUGCAGAUAAGACAAACAUUUUUUCAAAAGACUUGCAAAAAAGAAACGGUAAAGAAGACACAAGUUGUAGAAAGUGUAGAAGGGAAUGUUUUGUUGAACGUCACUUCUGCCCAACUUGGGUCACCUUGAGAAAGAGUUACUAGUUUGCUGUGUGUAGCAAACCGCACUUCAGCAUAUCAUAUAUGACGUGUGCGUGUGUUUUAAGUGGUGGCAGUGUAAGGAAAAGUAUAUUUAUGAUUAUGUCUAAAAUAUAUCGCUUGUUCAUAUUGAUUCCUGACCAGACAACAAAAAAUGCAGACAAAAAAACUAACAAUGGGUCAGUAAUUAGAUACAAAAGUUGAUGUACCUUCUAUAUCAUGAUUGUAUAUGUACUCCUUUAACACAUGUAGCGAGAAAUUUUUCAUUGUAAAUGGCAGUUUUUGAUCCAUGUGGUAUUAGAGAUGUGAAGGGUUUAAAAAUGCACAAUUUUGUUGUGAGAGAAAGAGUUGAAAACUCGCAGAUUCAGAGGAACCAAUGUUCCUUUAUAGGGAGAGAGCACAAACCAGGCUAUUUCAUUUCAUUUACCCUUCUUUCACUUCAGUAGUUUGUUUUUGUUUUUUGGCAAUACCAUCCCCCUUACCAUCACUUUGAAUAUCCCCCCCACCCCAAUUUCUUGAAUACCGCAUCCCCCACCAUAGUGCAGAUUUUUUUAUUCCAUCUACCCAGACUUUGUAAGGAAUAGCCUUGGUUUUGUGUGCUCUGGACAAGAAAGGGAAUGCACCACACCGAAUAUUGGUAAAUAGUGUUGUACGAAUAUUGGUAGUAAUCAUGCUUUUUUCUAGUGAUCGUAAUUCCCUCGUGUAUCAUAAAGUGAUAGAUUUGACUUAAAUUUCUUUUUGUCUCUAUAAAUAAUGUGUAAGAGGAGCUCGAGUGCAGCAUUUGCUCUUGGAAUUUCAAACCUUCAAACAAAGAUUCUGCCCUCUCAAAGCUGAAUCUAUAAUUCACCAGCCAUUUAUUUGAAUUUCGCUUUACUAGACUAGAUAUGUAUGUAUAUGAUCUAGAAAUGGUCUUCGUGUAAAUCUGAGAAAUUCAGAUCUUGUACUGCUACCUAGCUAGACUUGUCGUAUCCAAGCACGCUAUCGAAGUAUUAUUGCAGAGCAGCGCAACAGCAGGUUUUAAAAUGUGUCCACCUUUUCAAAUGAAUACCAUACUUUGUGAAUGACAAUGGUAACACAUAGUUUUGCCUUGGAAUGGCUAUGGAUGUGUUAGCAUCUGGCAAGUAAGUCUUACAGGGCAAAUGGCUGUAUCUGGUAGCAGUGAGUAUAAAGGCUGCAAAAGAAUUUAUCCAUUUUUUGUAUGUCGGGCCUUCGAGAUGCACAACUUCAGCUGUGUAUGUAGCUUUCAGGAACAAGUGUCCAGGCAAUGUCUUAGAGAAUUCUUCCAGAAGCUUGAUUUUUGUUUGAUCCAACUAUUGUAAGACAUGUGUUAAUGCCAACAGAGGGUCCCUUCGUUCAUGGCUGCACGUGUAUUUCUGAUAUACAAUAAACUCGUAGUUCCUCAAAUA